AUGUUAAGUAAAGACGUUGAAAAUCUAGCUACUACUGCAACAUCAGUGGCGGAAAGCGCCGCGAAAGUGUACGCUGUGGUCAAACACAUGCGUAAAAUUACGCCCAAAUGUAUUAAAUUACAAUACAACAUGGACGACAAAGAUGACUUAUUCCAAAAUGUACACAAAUGUAUAGAUGUCAUCGGUGAACUACAAAAAGAAGUAUUUAAUAAAACAUUAAUUGAAAUUCAUAAAAUGGAAAUAAAAGCACAAAUAAUUUGUGCUAAAAUAGCAGAAAUUAAAAUUCCUGGAGUUAAUCCUACAAAUGAUUCGACGGACGCUUCUACAAGUGGUGUUAACGAGGAUGAGACCGUCGACGUCGACUGAAUACAGCGCUAUGAUGUAGUAGUAGUUGUAGAGUAGUGGGUGGUUCCACUGGGGGCCCCUGACGGCGCGCGGUAUGAUGUGCCUUUUUGUAAUGAAAGAAAAUUUUUUGAAUAAACGUGUAUCUUGAUAAAAGAAUAUAAUAAUCUUGACAAAUAUAUCACAUUUAACGUAUAUGCGGAUUGUGGUGGUGGUUACCCUGCAGCAGCGACGCUUGGCUGAAAUGCAAACUUGCAUUUUUAAAAUCGUAGAAAAAAUAUCUGCGAGGAUUCUAGAGCGCAGUCGAGAGUUAAUAUCAAUUUUUGUAACUUAUCUAUAAGCAAUAUAUAUUUAGGCGGCAGAA